CUGAAGAUUGAGGUUUUUGCGGUUCUUGUCGUAUUUAUUUGUGCUGAACUUUGAAAGCGACUAACGACGUGCUUAGAUACAUUUUGCAAUGGAUUGGAAUACUGAAAACGUCGUGCAAUGGUUGAAGACGAUAGGCCUUUCGAAGUACGCCAAGAGAUUUAAAGGUAGGCGAUUGUUAUUUGGAUUUGUAACUGAGAUCCUCACCAGCACCUUGUUCUCACAUUCUAAAUCAUAAACUUUGCUUUGAAGUACUGUAUCAAAACGGAAACUUAAAUGACGAAAUCGGUGGGUAGUUACAUUACGCAAAAAUCAGCAGAUUCUGAAGUGAAAAUUAAGUGAUCUUGGGAGACGGUUUUAAGAAAACUAUUCAGGUAUACAGUUGUAUAUUGACUGUUGCAUACUAAUCCGGCUAAUGCAGAAGUUUUCCUCUCUCCCGCACUUUUUAACAAUUAUAUGUGUUCGUUGUUUAAGGACAAACUGAGUGAGUGUUUCGUCUUUAUUCUUUUAGGAUAUCAUGUGAGCGGAGCUGUCUUAAUGCAAAUGGACGAAACGUUGCUCGGUGCGUUCUAACAAACUUUAGAACUUAUCAGUGUUUAUAUCUGUUUAUGAUCUCUUUAAAAAGUUUUUAACCUGUGCCCAUACUUGACUAAAGUGACAUGAACGAUCAUGACUUCAACAAACUUCAACGUGCUUUCAUCGUGGCCGUGGCAGCUUACAAUGUUGACAGCCAUGAAGCCAGCUAUGAAGUUCUGCUUGAUAAACAACUGACACAACAGAAACCGCAGCUUAAGAGUCUGUUAAACUGAAACGAUAGUUUUAAAUAUGCUCUUAAACACUCUUUAGUGGACAGAAGUAUCCAGCUGAGUCCAAAUGAAAUGACAGUUUUAAACAUAUGACUCUAUAAAUCUGAGGAAACUGUGUAGAAACGCCACACGUGAAGUUCCGCGACACAUCAUUUGUACCCACCCACGGCACUGAAAUGUUCGUAGAACAUGUAGACUAUCAUUUGUGGUAAAUAUUAAAGCUUCCGUUUAAUUAGACCUCUUUAAUCCCUGAUAGACAGGGCAUACGUCUAAUUAUUAUUCGGGCUUAAUUAGCUAAAUGUUUUACAGAAUAGUUAUAAAACGCGACAACGUUAAAAAGGUGUUUUCAUUAGUCCAUCUAAUUUCUUAAUUAUUAGUCUACUCUCAUUGUUUCGUUUCUCUCUGUUGGUAAAAAAAAGGGAUUGGAUUUAACAAUGGCUUAACAAUGUAUUCCAGUGAACCAGUCAAAGUCCAUUAUGAUUGUUAUCUUCGUUUUUAUCUCCAUUACAAUUCGCUUGGCCAAAACAUCAAUUAGCGACUCGAUGCAAAUCCUUGAAGUCACGAGAGGUUUUGUAAAGCCAGUUAAGAAUUAGUAUCUGUAAUCUUGCUCAUCAAUAAACUGAAUAAAAGAUAUUUUGUCGAUCAUUUUACGCACUGGGUAGAUAAGAACAAAUGAAACCUCACUGAACAAAAAUAUUUUACUUUGAAGUAUGUAACAGGAAGUUUAAUCAAACUUUAAAAACGUGGUUCGCAAUUAUGCUUCAAAAGUGCAGCAAGUCAUAAAUAAACGCGAUGAAUAAAAAAUAUAAAUAAUAAAUUACUCUUCGUUUGGACAUAUUACCAACAAUCACCUCGGUAUCAAAUGCAUUGACAUAUAAACGUAAGUUGACUUAAGCUGAUAAUUGUAAACGCUAGCAGCUUUGAGCUUUUUUUUUUUUUGAAAAAUAUUUACAACUUUGUUUGAAAGAAGAGGCCAUUUCAGAACUUGAGAAAAUAGUUCAUUGUUCAUCUCUGUGUCAUCUAUGGAGAUAUUACAUCACGAUCCGUUGCUAGGUAACACUGGACUUUUACUGGUUUAGAAUUUUUUAAUUGAGAUAAGGCAAAAUGUGUUAAGAAAGUAUAUAGCUGUAAAGGUCUUUAUUCGCUUUCCUAUUUUUAGAUGACCUAGAAGUUACAAAUGUUGAUGACAGACAAUUACUUCUGCAAGAAACAGCGAAGUUGUCCCCUCCAGUAAACAAUAACCCACAGUUUUUAUCAACGGAGGGAGCAAAAAGGACUUACAUUAGAAACAAUCAAGUUUUACAAACUCCCAUUAUAACUGUCAGCGAUUUUGAUGAUGACGAUGAGGAAGGAGAAAAACUAAAUCCUAUUUCAGACGAGGAAUCAACGUACAGUUCGCGGACAAGUUUGAAUGGAGAGUUAUUAAAUCAGAGGAUUUUAAAUGUGGCUUACAGCAGAGACGAGUCGACAACAACUGACGAUGGCACUGAAAGGGACUUUAGUUUUACAGAUAGUGAUGAGGAACAUGAUUUUGGUGAGUAAAAAAAUUUAAAGUUUUACAAGUCAAUAAGUCAAGAGCUGUUGGCCCUGGGUCAAGGACUUAACACAGAGAAAAUGUUGAUUUGUUUUUCGCUAAGGAGGGAAUGAAACGAAACCGAGUUAUGAUUGACACACAGAACGUUUUCGUCGUCCACACAUAGUACCGAUAUCACAUAGUGACAUAUCACCUGGCACAUAACAUGACAUCUCACGUGGUCAUUUGUUCGGCUACACAAUGUUUGUUAUAUGUUCAAACUCACCUUUCAUCUGUUGCGCAGAAUGGUUUUGAUUUUUUUGUUAAUUUUGAAAGCUUAGAAAAAAAACAUGAAACUUAGUUCUUGACUUAACCAAACUAGUCCAGUUUGCGAUAUGAAAACUGCAGUUUUUGAGUUAAAAAAAUGGAAAGAGGACCUAAAACGCUCUAGCUCCAGACAGAAACUUUAAGAAAAGCCCACCAAGCUUCAGGACCUGGCAAGCGACAACCCAGUUAACCAAUCAGAAAAUUGAAGCAAAAUAUGUCCUCUCUUUUAAAUUAGCAACCACUCGCAUUACAGUUUAUAGAACAGAAACCAUGCAAACAUUGCCAAGGCUGGGUGGGGUGCGUGGGGGUUCAGUGUGAGACUGGUGCAAAACAAGUGAAAAAUGCAACUUUUGUUAAGAUGCGGGAAAUGAGAGGAAAUACCGGGGAGCCUGCAGUUAGCACAGCGGAUACCAGAACAGUAAAUUGAUACCUAAAGAAGACAGCGGAAAAAACACUAAGACACUAAGCCACUGUCGAUUGAAACAAUUUCGUGACAAUGGAGCAAAGAUUCACGUCGUCAACUUUAUGUUAUCGGGUUUUUAGUAAUGAAAAUAAUAAUUUCUUAAUUAUCCUGUUUCCUUUUUUAUAGACAUUUAUGAUGAAGACAAGGACCCAGGAAGUGAUUCCUCACCCACUGCGCAUGCGUCCGAAGUAGCUACCAGAGCGACACAAAUGGUAGAAUUAUUAUCCCGCGAUAACUUGACUUUGAGACAAAAGUUGGAAAGUGUAUACACCAAAAUCAAUAACGUACAAAUGGUAUGAAACCUAUUUAGUGCUUUUAACAAUCAUCAUAAGUCAAUAAAAUACUUUGAUUCAUCGUGUAUGUUUUGAAAACAAAAAAUCAAAGACGAAAAAAUUGAUAUUAAAUUGUGUGGAGGAGACGGACUUCGAACUUCGACACCUUUGUAGUUCUCCAAAUGGUGUGGAACAAGUAAGACAGAUAAUUUGAUUUAGGAGUUAUAAUGCGUUUACUCAAUAGCACAUCUAUCACAGCUCUCAAUCAGCGUUAACACUUUUAAGAGCUAGUAGGCUAAAAACGCAUAUCCUUAAAAUAUUUUGUAGGUUGAAUGUGAGUUAGAGGGCAUGCGCGCUGCAUACGACGAACUACAAAUAUCGAGUCGAAGAAGAGAGAAUCUGGAGUGGAGUGCAAGAAGGAGAAUGGAGACUGAAAUAGACAGAUUACAGGAUAAUAACGGACAGUUAGAAGGUAACAAGGUUUUGGGCUUGAAACGAAAUGUGUACGGCUUUUUCCAGGGUGUUAUAAUUAAGAUAGUAUUGCCUUAUUAGAGUACAACAUAAGCCUUGGACAAAUAAUGGUUUGGUGCAAGAGCCAUAAUGGGAUUAUGGCUCUUGUUUGGCGCUAUGACUAUUUAAAAUAUUUAAAUUGUUUUUGGCUAUGAAAUACACAAGAAUUUGAUACUUAUUUGAGGGAAAAGAAAUACGAAAAGAGAGGGUUUUCCUCUUAAAUGCUCAUUCUUAGCAACAGCAGGGAAAUAUUAAUCCUGAGUAAAUCACUGACAUUGCGUAAAUAUAGUGAUUGUUAUGAAAUUGCGAGGAAAAUUACCCCCUCCCACGCCAGCAGACAGAAAUGAGGUCUACAAUAGUAAGCGAAAUUCAGUGGGCGGGAAAGUCUGAGAUUUCAAUGUCCCCGACUGUCGCCAAAGGCCAUUUUGCACUUAACUAUCAUAUGGCGAAUGUUUUUUAGGGAAUACUUAAAAAGAAAUGCCACAAUUUUAGGCAGUAUCCGGGUGAUAAAUUUGGAAAAGGUAAAAAGUGAGACGAUAAAACUUUUUAUUUCUGAUGAUCCAACUUUUUCGAAGCGAAAAAGGCAUUAAAAGAUCAGAGACGCAAUCGAAAAUGAAAGGUGUGAAUGAGUACACUAAAAGGCUAAGGUUGCUCCGAUAUAAUUUUAAAAGUUGAUACUUCUACAAGGAGAGAAAGUAUGAAAAACUAACAAGGGUAAAAAAUAAGGGUAUAUGACGGGGCAUAGCUGCAUGGUUUCCUUGUUUCACCAAGACACCGUUUCCCGAGGGGCCAGGAACCUCAUCGAUGAUUCUUCUGUUUUUUUUUUUUUGUUGUUUUUUUUUACAUCAAAUGUUUUGGCUGGCUUUCAAUAAUAUAUUUUUAGAAAAAAACGGCGUCGUCUAUUCGCAGUUGGAUGGAGAGGAAUUAAGAGUUUGCCCGCGUAAAGCUAUUAAGACAAUAUCAUUUAAAAUGCGCAAUACUUUUAAGGAUCUGUUUAAUACGAUAUUCUGAACAACAAGGCGACGGAUUGACGUAUAUUUCGACACUGAUAUCACGUUUAAAGGGUGAUUCUGUCAUGAAAACUGUUUAACAACAGCAUUGUAAAAUGACAGCUUAAUAACUAUAAGAUUAAUUUCAAUCUAUGAUACUGUGAAAAAAUACCCAACAAACGGCGGCCCAUCAUUUUAAAGUGACAGUGCACAGCGUCGAAUUUUGCUUCCCUUGUUGCCAAGAAAUAUUGCAAAACUAAAAACCACCUACUAUACAGCUCAAUGAGAUAAAAGGAUUGUGGUAAAAUAUAACAAAUAUAACGCGUCACCGAGAAGAAAGUUCAAGGUAGUAAAGCUGAAAGUGUAUUACCCAUAAAAAAAAUCAUCUUGACGAAUAAUUUUAAUUUAUCCCUAAGUUUGUCUAUGAGAAAAUCUUGAACAUGAAAAACGUUGACAUAACAGAGUUUAUUUCUUUCUAAAAAAAGGAACAAUGGCCAGUUUCUAGGACGUGAAUCUAAAUUCUACAACUGAACUGACGCGGGUGUUAGGUAAUAUUGAUAGAAACGUGAUAAUGGCAUAGUUGUCAAAUGAGAUCGGGUAAAUCAUUUCUUUUGGAAACAGAAAAAAAAAUGGAUUUAUUUAAAAAGAGUAAGACAAAUGUCAAAAGGCAGUAAGACUAAUUUGAAACAUGAGCACUGUAGUAAAGGUCGGUAAUGAAUGGUUUUGACGAGAAAGGUGGCAUUAUUUUUGCCGCGGAUUUCGCGGUGUCAGUGACGAUGAGCUUUCUUUAAUGAAAAGGGAAUAUGGUAGCAACUAAUUGGUGUAGCAAUAUUAGAACUAUAUUAAUAAUCAAUACUGGCUUUGUUCCUACGCAUAAUAUUUUUAGAUGAGCUACAGAAAUGCAAGGAUGAAAAACAGCAAGAGAAGGUGUGUUUUUUUUUCAUAUUGGGUCAGUAACAGCAUGUUUCUAAGCAGUCACUGGGUUACAAUUGUCGCUUCAGAGUGUUUCUGAGCAUCGAAAUAACCUCGAUUAUUCAGACAAAUAAUUUAGGAAAUGUUAUAACUCGGUGUCAAAACUCUUAAAGUAGCAGGAGAAACGGUAACUAAGGCUGAUUAACUGCGCAAUUGUGUGGAACUGUCUCCCUUAAUUCUUCACGUUUCACGAUGGCAGCCAACGACGGUCUCAGUUUCUUUUCAAGAUACGUCUCGAUCUCCCACACGUUAUGUUUACUGCAGGUAAAGCCAUAAUGAGUUAUAAAUCCUUUGUUAGGGUCUCUUUGAUAUCGUUAUAUCUUCUGUUAUGGCAACAUAGAAAGAUGGGGAGGUUGGAUGACUACUUGAGGACAGGGUGCAACAGGCCACCCAAACUCUGACUGUUAGCCGAAGUAGCCUGCGUGCAGACCUCGUCGGUACAAUGGUUUGAAGUAACUUAAAAUAUCCUAUCAAUACACGCCUUGUUAAAAAAACACUCUUAAUUUCCUUCCAUGAUUUCUUAUCAAUUGUGUGUAUUUUUAUCUUUGCAGAAAUCGAUUGAAAAGUGCAGAAGCGAUCUACAACUAAAGAAUAAUGUUAUACGACAGCUUAUCGUUCAAAGUAGGCACAAAAUAUUUUUAUUAUCUUCUUUUAUUCUUUAGAACGAUGUAUUUUCAUUGCCCAAACUUCGUUUCUAUUUUGCUUCUCAAUACCCCCCUCCCCCACACCAUCACCGUCACCACCAUGGCACCACCAGUACCACCCCCAUAACAUCUACAAUCGUCCUUUCUUUUUAAUCAUGGUGUUGUAUUUUAAUAGGUGAUAGUUUUGCAAAAACGCGAGAAGAGUUAGAAAACACAAUAAACCAGCAAAGAAGACAAAUAGAAGAUCUUUUGAAAGACAAAGAACAACUCCACUCAUCGCUUGUACAAAGCCGAGAAAGGAUAACAUAUCUCCAAAAGGAGGUAAAGAAGUAGUAACGGUAAAAAAGCAAAACAAAACAAACACAAACACAAACACGCUGAAUAUCUUAAACGCACUACAAGGAAACUCGGUUACAAGUGAGGAUUUAAACCUGGUCAUCUGCUUUCAAGGCAAAAAUUAUUCCCAACACUAUAGUAUAAUUUAACAGCAAAUCACGAACUCGUAUAUUUAGGCUCAAAUUUAGGCACAUGCAAACAUUGUUGCACAUGCAAUUUUGCACAUGCACAUAUAACCAACUCGUUACCAGGGUCUUUCGUUCGUCAACCAUCCAACCAUACUACGUCAUGACGUAGAUGACGAGACGAAUACCCUUGGAACGAGUUUGUUCAAAUCCACGAAUUAUUUGUGACUUGGCCCCUGCAAACAAAUGUCUCUUGUUCUUUACAGCUCUACCCAAAUCACGUGAUUCCGUCAAGAAAUGCACGUGCGCAAUCAGACUCCGCAACAACAUACACGAGUUCAACUACAGAUGAAGACAAGACCCAACGACGACAUUCUAACUCAGCUGAUGAAGGCAUAGCCGAAUUAGAUGGACCUGCAACUGUCCCGGGUCUGCUGGAACUGUUAAAGGAAAAAGAUGAGAGGAUAGAAGAGUUAGGGGAUCAGUUGUUACGGGUUAGUAAUUCCCCUCGGCACUUCUCCUGCGAUACAUUUGUACCCGGUGUUAAACUUGCAUGAGCAGUGAAACUCAAGUUUGUCUCUCGCGGUGCAUUCAGCGUUCAGCGAGUCAUUUAGGCGGGAAAUUUAUUCAGGAACUCAGAAGGCCGUGAACAUCUCUGUAGUUGUUAUGGUUACAGCCUUUCAAUUUUUUGACGUUCCCAUGGUUAUGUCGCAAGUAAAUUUAUCUCGGGAGGAAGAAGAAGCGAUCAUUCGCGCAGCCAUAGUUUUCUCGGCAGAUUAAAACGCCCCUUAUCCUGAAGAAAAAAAGGCUCAAUGUAGCCGAAACUAUUACAGGCUUGUUCAUAAAAAAGGCAUGUAGGCUAAGUAGCGCUUGUCCGGCUUAACUAAUAAUGGUUCACCAUUUGUCCAUUUUUUUUUUAGCUGGAACUAACGUUACAACAGGAAGGUACAUCAAGGAAUUUGGCCAUCAGAGCUGUCGCGAUGCCAAAGUAUUUUUUUUUUUGUUCAUUACUGAUAAUUUUUGUAACAUGCACGUUUAAAACGGAAACGAAAGUUCUCAUUCAAGUCUGUUCUAGCCAGUAGCUGCUGUUUCUUGGUACAUGUAGUUCCUUCAUCUCCUCGGGUUUACAAAAAACAAGCAAACCCGGCGGCAGAACGCUUGGAGCCAAAGAGCAUUCCGUGUUUAACUUGUUAUAGUUGCUUUUCGCCGCUGCUACUACAUUAUAUGGUACUAAAUGAUAUAAUAACAAAACUUAGAUGAAUGAGGUAAUCAUUUAGUUAAUGAUUUAUUAAUUUAUUUAUCUAGGGAAGCUCGAAUAGCAGCGUUAGAAAAUUCCAUACAAGAGAGUGAAAAAAUCAUCGCCGAGUGUCGAGGACAAAACUUGAAAUCCAUCGAAGAACUGUAUGUUGCAAAUAGAAGAUGCGCAGAUUUAGAAGCCAUGUAAGUUUCUGCCUUCACGUUACACUAUCUGCCAUUACUUACAUUAUUCAUUCACUUAAUCACGAUUCUGCAUCCUUUACAGAAUCAAAUCGCUUCACUCACAACUGUCAGAGAAGUCAGCCAAGAUUCGUCUUCUUCAGAAUAACAACGAAGAACUCGAAAACGAUGAUGAACCCAAGGAGCCCGAAUGGCCACUGGACCCAGCGUUCUGUCGAACAGACUUUGCUCAUAUAAAAGACCUGGCUCGAGAUUCUUGUAAGUAUCGCAAGUCUAACUUAAUACGAACCAAACACAUUCUAGCUGUUUAGCCCUGCCGGGAACUAUUUCUAGUCGAAGAUUUUUGAUUAAAUUUGAGUUGGGAAACUGAGAUGAGUCAUGGAAAUGACUUAAGUUGUUUUUAUACUUUUCACACACAGAUGCUGAGUCUUUUGAUUCAGGAAUGUCGCUUACCAAUACAAUAGACUUGAGGAACAAUGAGCCGGAAUUUAGGGUAUUUACUCAUUCAUUUGUUUAUUCAUCUAAAUAAUUAAAUAAAAUUUUGGUCGUGCGAGUCAUCCUUAAGUUUGCGCAAAGGGUAUUCGUUUAAACUUGGGUCUUGCUUAAAAUUUUUCGCUGUUCUGUUUUCCCUUGUCUUCUACUUCUUGGAAUUCUCCUUUUAAGGAAAUGCUUGAUGCUUGUUUACCCAGGUUAAUUAUCUUAAUAUUUCUCGAAAUGGAAACUAGCGCCUCUUCCUGAUUGUCCUAAAUAUCUGAUCUCUUCUUUGUAGACAAUGGAUGACCCUGAUCAAGUCUCAGUGUACUAUUGGUCGGUUUGAAAACAAAAUAACUAAGAACUGUUCGAUGAGGCCUUCCCUUUAUCUAUCCACGAAAAUGGGUACCUUUACCAGGAAACGCUCUGAUCUUGCAGCUUGUGAUUAGCUCUCGCCUUAAGAGCCAAGUCAGAACUAUGAGGAAAAUAACCGGGCAGAUAACAAUAAGAAUAUAAACUGAGGUUAAGAAC